CGUAAUUGCUUUUUCGAGCGAGCUAGGCGUGAGCUGAAACUGGGGUCCAAGUUCAUCGCAUCAUCAUCACUCAAUUCACGACGCCCUCAACCACCACACGAAAUCUUCUCUCUCUGCACUCAAUUGGACGACCACGAGCUACUCACCGACCCAUCCAAUCGCAACAAGAACGCCUUCUAGUUCCGACGACUUCUUGAGUCUGCCCUCCACGAUAGCUUACUUACAUCCACAUUACGCUGUGCGAACUCGGCCGGGCUUGGUUCACAGAAGCUUCGCGAGAGACCUGUGUCUGUCACGCCGCAUAGUACGCAGCCGCUCGACACGUUCCCCAGUUCAAGUCAUUGUGCGGCAGGCAGAAUCAAACAUGUCUACGCUCAAGCGCAAGAACGACGCAGCCGCGGCCAGCGGCGAUGCCAAGAAGCCAAAGGUCAAUGCGAGCAUCACCUCCUUCUUCGGGGCGCCCAAGACCGUCUCCUCGUCGACCAGCAAGUCAGGUGCGGCAGCAGUGCCGGAGCCGACCAUCAAGUUUGACAAGGAGAAGUGGGUGACGGGGCUCACACCCGAGCAGAAGAAGUUCCUUCGGCUCGAGAUCGAGACUCUGCAUCCCAGCUGGCUGGCGCUGCUAAAGGACGAGAUCACCACAAAGGAGUUCCUGGAGCUCAAGAAAUUCCUCGAGAGAGAGACCAUGGCUGGCAAGAAGAUCUUCCCGCCCCGUGAAGACGUUUACUCUUGGUCGCGACACACACCAUUCAACACGGUAAAGUGUGUCAUCAUCGGCCAAGAUCCGUACCACAACGUCAACCAGGCCCACGGCCUAGCCUUCAGCGUGCGGCCACCCACGCCAGCCCCGCCCUCUCUACGCAACAUGUACAUUGCACUGAAGAAUGACUACCCGACGUUCACCGCCCCGCCGAACAAGGGCGGCCUCCUCACGCCCUGGGCCGAUCGCGGCGUGCUCAUGCUCAACACCUGCCUGACGGUGCGGGCGCACGAGGCCAACUCACACGCGAACCGGGGCUGGGAGAAGUUCACGCAGCGCGUCAUCGACCUCGUCGCGCAGAAGCGCACCCGCGGCGUGGUCUUCAUGGCCUGGGGCACACCCGCGGGCAAGCGCGUCGUGAAGGUCGACCAGGGCCGGCACCUCGUGCUCAAGAGCGUGCAUCCUAGCCCGCUCAGUGCUGCGAGGGGCUUCUUCGACUGCGGGCACUUCCGCAAGUGUAAUGAGUGGCUCGUGUCUCGGUAUGGCGCUGACGGGGAGAUUGAUUGGGACCUGGACCCUGCGAAGGUGAACAAGAAGAGCACUCCUCAGGAGGAGGAGGCGGCAGAGGCUCCGUCGGUUGGUACAGCCAACGGCACGCCGGUGCCCGUGAUUGCUGUCGGUGAAGUCGAUGCCGAAGACAAGGGCACGGAGAAGAGCAAGAUCCUGGAGAAGGAAGGUGAAGGGGGAGUGGUGAAGAAGUAGUACGGUGAAUGUCAAGCGAGGUACAUCUUGUACACGUCCUGCCAACCCAUCCGGUUGUGAUGAUGGAGUUAUGGGUAGGUGCUGGAGAUUUAGUCCGGCUCACGUGUAUUUCCAUCUCAAGAGGCUGGAAGUCUACGGAAAUCUGGCCAGGGUAGCGAGCAAUCACUGGAUCUGAUUUGAUGUCUGACCGGCCUAGUCGCAUGCCUAUCGUUCCUCCAUGUUGUCGAGUAUCUGAAUACAAUGUGAUGUUCAAUCAGUGC